AUGCAAACAUCGACUGGAUUACCUGGGUUGCUAAUUGCUUUAAAAAAUCGUUACAACCUGCUGUAUCGCGAAGAAGAACGUGAGAUGACUAAGUUCUGCAAUGCAACUGACGCGACUGUUAUACCGGUAAUGAAGCGCCCUGGCUACAUUCAUCUACACUUCUAUCGACUAAUCCUGGUCUUUCUUAUCUAG